UUUCCGGCGCCCUCAGGCAGCCGCCCCGGCGCCUUUUUCCCCGCCAAGGAUACUGCGGAGCGGAGCUUCUCUGCUGGCUUUUCUGCUAGCGGGGCGUUUGCCUUUGCUGAGGACGGCGUGCGGAGCCCGGUGAGGAGCCGCACUGGGACAGGCGAGCGCCCGCCUGUCUGGAGGCUACAUUUCUUUGGAAUGAAAGAUGGCAGCAUGCCGUGCAUUAAAAGCUGUUUUGGUGGAUCUCAGUGGCACACUUCACAUUGAAGAUACAGCUGUGCCAGGCGCACAGGAAGCUCUUCAAAGGUUACGUGCUACUUCUGUAAUGGUUAGGUUUGUGACCAAUACAACCAAAGAGAGCAAGAAAGACCUCUUGGAAAGAUUGAAAAAAUUGCAGUUUGAUAUCUCUGAAGAUGAAAUAUUCACUUCUCUGACUGCAGCCAGAAACUUGGUAGAGCAGAAACAAGUCCGACCCAUGCUGCUGGUUGAUGAUCGGGCCCUACCCGAUUUUAAAGGAAUACAAACAAGUGAUCCUAAUGCUGUGGUCAUAGGAUUGGCACCAGACCAUUUUCAUUAUCAAAUUCUGAAUCAAGCAUUCCGGUUGCUCCUGGAUGGGGCACCUCUGAUAGCAAUCCACAAAGCCAGGUAUUACAAGAGGCAAGAUGGCUUAGCCCUGGGGCCCGGACCAUUUGUGACUGCUUUAGAGCAUGCCACAGAUACCAAAGCCACAGUCGUGGGGAAACCAGAGAAAAUGUUCUUUUUGGAGGCAUUGCGGAGCACUGGCUGUAAACCUGAGGAGGCCAUCAUGAUUGGAGAUGAUUGCAGGGAUGAUGUUGGUGGGGCUCAGAAUGUCGGCAUGCUGGGCAUCUUAGUCAAAACUGGGAAAUAUCGAGCAGCAGACGAAGAAAAAAUUAAUCCAGCUCCUUACUUAACUUGUGACAGCUUCCCUCAUGCCGUGGACCACAUUCUGCAGCAUCUACUGUGAACCAUUGUGUGAAUCAGAAGCAACUUGAAACACAGCUUUUCAUUGUCUGGAAAGAAUCCCUCAACAACUUAAUGACAGACAGAGACCACUCAGCCCUGGUCACCAUUUAACCCUCUUUUAUUGGGCAGUAAUUAGAAAGAAAGGUAUUGAAUUGCAGCCAGACACCAAGCCUGGCUAAUCCCUUUUGGUUUUUUUCGUAAAAGAAGAUGAGAUCCAAAGAAAGGGAAAGCUGAGAUUUUGUGCCAUUCCUUUUAAAAUAUUCAUCAGGUUAGCGGGCGCUGGGGAAGAGUCUCCUGCGGGGAGCCUGUUCUCUGCUGUCUCCUCGCUGGUAAAUUGGAGGGGUUCAGACUCUGAAUAAAGUUGAAUGGUGUUUUUUAAGUUACAGAGUACUGCACUGAAGGGUGCGUUAGGCUGUAUGUAGUUUUAAUAUUGAGUUCAACUGUGAAAUCCAUCAGAAGUGCCAAGUAGGGUACAGGACAGAAGAAGCAGAAUAAAGUGUCCUUUAGCCCAAGUGAAGGAGUGAAUUUGCUUUAACAGAUGUUGAAAACCAGAUUAGCUACUGUAUUAUUCCCAGCACGGGUGACUUCUUUUUCUCUUGGUUAGCCAGAGAUGAGUAGUUUAAAUUUAGAACCUGGUUUUAAUUUAAAAUAAUAUUUCCAUUAAUAACCUAUUCAUUGCAGAUACCUAUUAUACUGUGUAACAGUUGUGUUGGAAAUUUUAUGUAAAAUUAAAACUAUCAGUAUUUUACAGAUGUUUUAAUUAGACAUUGUUAUUAACAGGAACAGUGCAGAAACUAAAAUCAAGCCUUUAAUGUCUUAUAGACCAUGCAUUUUUGAGGCUAGUGUCCACCCGGGUCCUAUUAACUGUACAUUUGCAAGAUUUCAUUAUUUUUGCCUCUGACACUAUGGGAAAAAUCUUUCAGAAGCUAUUGGGACAGAUUCAAGCUUUUAUGUACUUGGUUACUACGGCUGUAAAAUGAAAUCUCGUCUUGCAGCAUGGAUUCUUCUUCUCAUGUUAAACCCACCAAAAUGAAGGGGACUAAAUAGGUAAUGAUUUUCUUAGUGCAUUUGCAUACUGUGAUGAUCCUGGGCCUUUGCCAUUGUUUUACUGGGCUCUUGGGCACUGGAUUAUUAGCUUGUAAUUGUCCAUUAUCAUGGUGCUCACCUUAUUGAAGCACACAGCAGUGUUAAUGAGCUUUGGGUUUUGAUGCUUGUUUAGAGAUCAGCUUGGUCUUGGAUGGGACGGAGCAAAGCUAAAUAAAUGGCCGCUUCCUCUA